CAUGGCGCCCCCUGCAUUCCUACUCGUGUUCACUGAGCCAGGGUCGGACGUCUCCGAUGAAGAGUACAACGAUUGGUACAACAAUGAGCACAUACCCCUCAGGGUAGACACACCCGCAUUCCUCAGCUGGACGCGCUGGAAAGCAGCAGAUGGAGAGAAGCCGGCCUACGGGGCCUCGUAUGACCUCGAAUCAUACGCAGCAACCAAGCAGGCGCCCUACACCACACUCGCGGAGACGAGGAGUGACAGGGAGAAGGACAUCCUGCGGCGGAUGCAGCUGAUGGACAGGAGACAUUACGAGCUGUACGAGGGGCCGGCACCGCCGCCGUCUGCGUUGUACGACCCAGCGACGCCCGCGCCCUACGUGGUCUUCGUCUCAGUGGAAACGCCGCCGGAGCACGAGGAGGAACUCAACAAGUGGUACGACGAAGAGCACAUCCCCAUGCUGGCGAAGGUGCCGGGAUGGGUCCGCAGCCGGCGGUUCGUGUUGGCGGACUGUAACCAGAUGGGGCAGGAGGCGCAGAAGAAGGAGAUGCCCGGGAAGUACCUGGCGGUGGCUGAGUGGGCGUCGUUGGAUGCGUUCGAGACUGAGGAGUUCAAGGCGGUGUUAGGGACUCCGUGGGCAGCGAAGAUCAUGGCAAAGGUCGCGUUGAAGGAGCGGCGACUGAUGUCACUCCUGCAAAAGUGGUAGCAGUCUAGUGGGACGCUCUGGCGGCGUGCAGCAGGGCAGGACGAGGCACCCAGAAGCGUCAUGUAACAGUCUGCAUCUUUGGCCGAUAAGCAUCACAGGCACUUCGACAGACCUGAAAGCGAGGCAUCCCACAAGCUCGAUGAAGGUGGCUGGGCUGACGUCUGAAGUUCGUUCGCGGAGCUCCUCUGCAACUGGACUCAGCAUUCUUAUGUCUACUUUCGGAUCUGUUUCUUGCUGUCUACUCGCUGUCUAUGUGCUUUCUUGUUCUGUGGACUGUCAUGCUCCCCUCGUGGACACUCGUUCUGGCAUCGCAGCAAUGUUAAAUCAAACUUUUGUCUUGCUCUGUGUCUCGCUCCGCGUGUCUGUA